AAGAACCUUGUGAGGCAAGAACGAUGAAUUUCACAUGUUAUAUGGACCUAUCACAAAGCAGAACAAUAUAGGCCGAGGACAAGACGAGGGUCAAUGUGUUUCUGUUGCAUCCCACUAAGCUUGUGGAACAAUGGAAUUCUGUAUCAUCAUCAGCGUUUUAUGCUUUAUGCUGAUGCCUGACAUAUCAGCUGCAGAUCCGACAGUAACAGUAUCUCAAGGGACACUCGUGGGUAAAACUGUCAACUUCACAGAGGAGGACUAUAUCGGUGUUGAUAAAAGCUUUGAUGUUUAUCUGGGGGUACCGUUUGCAGAUCCACCUCGUCGCUUCAAACCACCAGUUGCCAAGCAACCAUGGAAUGAACCUCUUAUUGUCCAAGAGUUCAAACCAGCAUGUAUCCAAGUCUUGGGCUUAUACCUUGGACCCGUAUCCGAGGACUGUCUCUAUCUUAAUAUCUAUUCACCAAACCCAAAGCCCACAAAUGCAGCAGUCAUGGUAUGGAUACACGGAGGAGGGUUUAUUGUAGGAACUGCCAACGAUAAUGAUUACAAUGGAAUCCCAUUGGCCGCUGUUGGUGACGUCAUCGUAGUGACGAUAAAUUAUCGCCUGGCUGUCUUUGCAAAGUUCACUACUAAGGAUGCCGAAGCGCCCGGGAAUGUUGGCAUGUUAGAUCAAGUAGCUGCUCUCCAGUGGAUCUACGAUAACAUUGAAGCUUUUGGAGGUAACAAAGACAAGAUUACUAUAUUUGGAGAGAGUGCCGGUGGAGCGUCAGUAGAUUACCUCACAUUGUCUAAACGAAGUCGUCAUUUAUUCACCCAAGCCAUCAUUCAGAGUGGAUCUACAGCUCCUGACUGGUCCUUUGAUCCAAGACAAGCGGAGAUGGAAGUACAAGAUGCCAGGAAUCUGGGAGAGGCCUUGGGUUGUGACACAUCGCCGUCUUCAGCAUUGAUCGCAUGUUUGGAAACUAAGACUCCUGAUGAUAUUCUCAACGCUUCUCUACCAGCUUAUGCUUUUUGCCCACUUUCCGUGGAUGGUAAUUUCCUUGACGACACACCAGCCAAUCUUUACAAGAAUAAUGACUUCAAGAGAUGUCCUGUACUAACUGGUGUCAACAGAGAUGAAGGAACUCUCUUCUUGAUAACCCUAUUUCUUACCAUGCCUACAGAUAAUCUUGAUCUACCUAGACCAGAAGUUAAUAUCACGGGCCUGAAUGAAUUAAUCAGAGCAAUAAUGGCUCCUUAUGGCGUCACCGAUGAUGGCUUAAUCGCUGCUAUUAGUCAGCAAUACACGGACUGGUCUAUUGUCGAGAACCCUUCGGCUAAUAUGAUGCCAUCCUUCAUAGAAUUCGCUGGUGACCAAGGAUUCGCCUGUCCUUCAGAUCAAUUUGCCAGAUACCAUGCUGCUGUAGGUGACACGGUCUUCAAGUAUUUCAUGACGCAUGAGCCUUCAUGUUCUAUUUUUGCAGGUUACCCAGAUUGGUUUGGAGCUGGUCACGGAGAAGAGAUUACCUUUAUGUUUGGAUUGCCUUUCGUUGAGCAUCUCCCUGAUAGAUGUUUAGAUCAGAUGACUGAUGACGAAAAGAAGUUGUCGGUCAAGAUGAUGAAGUUUUGGACGAACUUUGCUAAAUAUGGGGAUCCAACAUUUAACGCUGAGCCAACUGAAGGGUUAGGCAACUGGCCACCGUUUACUAUUCCUGAGCUCUCUUACAAGGAGAUGUCUCUAGAUCUUGGUGUAGGACGAGCAUUGAAGGCCAAACAAUGCCAUUUCUGGAACGAAUAUUUCCCAAAGCUUCAGGACUUUAUUGCUUCGAUUGAUCCAAAGUUAUUAGAGUGGCGACGGGAUUUCAAGAAUUGGCAAGGUGAAAUGACUGACUGGCAACAUGUUUAUGAGGAAUACAAGAAAACUCCACAGUGCAAAUAAUCUUGUGAUUUGCUUGAUUAUUGACUGAUUCCCGACCGAAUAUUUUCAAAGGAAUGCACCUCAGUUAUUUUGAGUAUUCAUACAUUGUUUUCACAAAUGAGUCAACUAUUCAAUAUCCUAUAAGAAAAAAUAUGUACUAACAUGCAAGUAAAAACAUAUUGAUAGCUAAACCUAUGUUUUCGUUAAAGACAACCACCAAGUUUAUUUUUCCAAAAUUAAGUAAUAGACACUCAUAGAAUCAUUAAUGUCAAGCUAUGAAAGCGAAUUGCAUUGUAUAUGUCGGUGUUACUAACGUAAUUUCUCAAAAAAAAUAUGUUUAUAUAAAACUUGAUGUAAUGAUAAAAGUGACAAAGAACUUGACAAACAAACGUCGACCUACAUCUUACUGUACAACAAUACACUCUUUACAGUAUGGUCAUGUUAUUUAAUUUGAUAAGAGUACUUUGAAGUUAAGGAGAGGCUGAAUAUUAAAUCAUAGCAGUUUUAAAAUGAAUAAAUCGGCUCUUAGACAAUAAAAGGGUUAGAGAAAUGAUAGGUGAAAUUGUCAUUAAACAUUAUACCUGGUACCUUUAACAGGGUGUACCGUUUUAUCAAAAUUGCUUCAAUUACUUGUAUACGCGGUGAAAAUCGAUUAAGAAUCCUGUUUAACUAGAAAAUAUAACAUUAGGAUACAACCAAAACAAGGGAAACCAAUAUCACAAAAUCAGUGUAAGAAAGGUGAAUUGCUAAAUAAAACGAAAUGAUUAAGUGGGUUCUGAAACCAAAGAACAGUAAUAGUUUCAAGACAUAAAGAGUUCUUACUUAGUAAGACUAACAUAUACAGACAAAACUAAAAUCCUUUCUCUUUAACUUAUUCCUCCUACUCCCAUUUUCUGUCUUCCUCCUUCUUUUCUUUCCAGUCUCUAAAGUCCUCUCUGUCUCCCUUCAUGUCAUUUUGUUGGGGGUAAUAUUUGGAGGUUUUAAAUACUUGAUUAGGCAUAUGUGUUUGUAAUAUCUAAGAUAACAUAAUAAUACUCCUUAAAGUUUUUGAUAAUAGUGCUAAUACAUUGUAGUCAUGACAUAUAAACACUAUCACGGUUUCUUAAUGAAGUGGUUUACAUCAUUACAUGCCAGCUACAUGGUAUGCGUUUACACUGGUGACUGGGAAUAAUUAUUUUGUAUUUUCCUGUAUAACGACUUAAUUAUGAAUUAAUUGUGUUCCCUAAAAUAAUAAAAAUUUCUAGCAGUU